CGGAAGUUGCGACGAAAGUGUUCGAUAUAAUGAACAAACAGGCUGUAGAAUUGUCCAAACUGGCAAUUUUGUUUUCCAGCCUCGUUUACUUCGACGUCUACAACACAAUCAGCGACCCAGAAAACGGCAACGAAAUCGAUCGUAUAUUCGAAGAAGAGUUCAAUUGGAAAGAAAUGAUUUUGGAAUUUAAGCAAUUUCAAAGAAAUACUGCUAAAGCAAAGAAACCUCGACCGGAUAAACACAAUACGUUCUUCGAUCUCUGCAGAAAGUACGAUGUGGAAACGUAUUUCACGGAAACGUCCCAAAAUGCGUGGAACUCGAUUGUGGAUACAUUUGCGACCAAUUUCAAAACGAAUAUAACCACUCAUUUAUAUUCACGAAUAAGGAAAUGGUUAGCUUUCAAGCUACGAGAUGGGAAAAAGAAGAAGGACGUAUGUGGCAAAGAGAAUCGAAAGGAUAUCAACAACAAAAUCUACCACACCAUCAAAUUCCUAUUCGAUUCGGAAAAAUGCACUCAAGCAGAGGAAGUGCAGCACGAGCUAAUAUGCGAAUUGCAGAAAAUUUGCCAAUUUCCCAAUUUCAAUCAUGGCGGCAGAUCGUAUUUUGAACGACUUCGAUACGAUUUUAAAGAGGAUGGUGAUGACGACUUAGGAAAACCGAAACGGAAACGGAAAUGUGCAGCUCCAAAGAAAACCACAAAGAAAUCGAAGAAAAAGAAAAAGAAGACACAAAACAAUGGCCCACGUCUUAACUGGUUUCAAAUGGUUCCAGCAAUGGUAAGGUUGCAACGUCGUAUAUACGAGAUCAAUUUGUCACGAAAACAAACUUUGAUUGAUGCCGGCAUAAUAAAGGAAAAAAAGAAACGGAAACGCAAACGGAAACGCAAACGAAAAAGAAAAAACGAGUCGAAACCAGAACCAUCUUCUACUGAAAACAAACGUCAGGCUGGUGGGACGAAAAAGAAACGUGAAAUCGAUCCAGAGGCAACACAUUAUGCAAAGCUACCUAAUUUCAUAGUCGUGCCACAAAACAGCUUCCACACUAUGCACUUUCCAAUUGACACGAAAGCAUUGUUCGACAUCCUGAAAAACCUUCCACAAUUCAAGGCUAUCCUGAAUCAGGCCGAAUUUUUGGAACUCCAAAUCGACGACGAUCCAAAUAGAAAAACCACGAAUCCGUUCUGGUAUUUCCUGUUCAACAUUCAGAAAAUGGAAACGGCAACGAAGAAAUUUGGAGGAAGGAUUACGACCAACGGCAGCGACGUGUCAAUCCAAUAUUGCAAGCUACGGAAAGAAAAAGAACUCACCAAAGCUGAAAUUCUCGAAAUGGCAAGCAAUAGGAAACGGAAACACGAUGUGAUUGAUUCAGAUUCAGAGUCUGAAUCGGAAGACGAUGAUGAUGAUGAUGAUGAUGAUAACGCAAAGACCAUAAAAACCGAUCCAGCAAUUGUCUCCGCUUUGACGAACAUCACCAAUAUGGAAGAUUUGAGUGUUUCUGGUGUCGACUUAGGCGUCCGCAAUGUUGCCGCGACAGUAAUACGGAAAUGGAGCAAAUCAUCCGACGGCUACGAAGUUCAUGAGUCCAAUGUGUUGCACAAAUCGAAAGAUUACCACUAUAAAGCAGGAUUCGCUAGACGUCAACGAAAAGGCAAGAAACUGCAUGGAGAAUUCGAUGAACGUUACCAGAAGGAUAGACAAAGCCAACCCAUAGAGCCAUCGCAACGAUCACCUGAUUAUAUCAAAUUUCUGGAUUCCAGACUGAAAUGGUUCAACGAGGGCACAGCCACAUAUAUGCAACGAGUGGUAACAAACGUAAAGUUCGAUAAGUUUCGUUCGACGCAAAAGCAAAUGAUGGCAAUGGCAAAGGAGAUUGUUGGCGACAUAAACGUUCACGACAAAGCAACGACACAACCGAGCAAAAUACGUGUAGUCUUCGUGGGCAACUGUUCAACACCGGCAAAUUCAACAAUCAAAGGUCAUAGGCGGUCACCCGGAAAUGCACCAAUCGUCCGUUAUUUGAAGCAGAUCCCGCAAACGUAUGUUGACGCCACCAUCGAUGAAUAUUGUACAACGAAGAAGUGUAGUCGAUGCUACGAAACGCUCGACGAUGUAGAGUUUUCUAAAGAACGGCUUAAAUUAUGCCAUAAUUGUAAGCUGGCUGAGAAUUCCACGUCAACGAAUCUAGUAUCGACAUACCAACGGAAAAAAGUUAUCGCAGAAGCAAUGAUUCCGAUCACAGAAGAUUAUCCCAAACCGACACAGUUCGAGAGGGCGCAACGAGUUGCAAUGGAACGAACAAAACGAUGGUCGUUUGGCGAUAAGAUGAGAAUGGCUGCGCGUAUUAAACUAAAAUCAACCACCUACACAGUUAAUACAACGGCAACGCUAAAGCAUUUGUAUUGGAACCGAGACGGCAACGCAGCACGCAAUAUAAUGCAGUUGGGUCUGUGCCAAUACAACGAUUGUCUCCCCAUUGAAUUCAACAAAGACGAGGCAUUCCAGCGACCGAAAAAGAAAGAUUAACUCAAUAAAGAACACCGCGUUCUUCUUGUUCUACGGAACGGAAAUGGCCGUAAACGAGGUCGAGAAAAAUAAUAUACA